UUCACUGCAUCUUCGAUCGCUCUUGCUCUUCUGUUGAUUCCUGGUUGACGGAGGUGGUCCAUUGACUCAAGAUGUGUGACAGUCAGUUGGAAAAAUGUAUGGAGACCAUCAUCAAUAUUUACCACCAGUACUCGAUCCGUGUGGAUCAUUAUGAUAUGCUCAGCAAGGGAGAGCUGAUUCAGUUGAUUAACAAGGAGCUGUGCAAAACCUUGAAGAACGUGAAGGACCCCAAGAAGGUUGAGAGCUUAAUGCAAGAGUACGACAAGGACAAGAACGGGCAGCUCGAUUUUGGAGAAUUCAUGCGCUUCCUGAGCUGGGUGUUUUGUCUUGCUCAUGAAAACAUCCACCAGAGGGAGGGUCAGGCUCCAGGACAAGGCCACGGCCACAGCCACGGCCCGGGCCAGGGCCACGGCCACAGCCACUAAAUAUAAUCAGUGAGCUCAAUAUUCCAUUUCCUUGGCUAUUGUUGCCACUGGGAGAUUGAACCAAUAAAGACUGAACCAAUACUC